AGCAGAGUGGAAGUCAGGUUAGACUUUGGCAUCUGUUCAUAUUUGACUCAAAUCACCAAAAUGUUUCCAGUUUGGAGAAAUUUAAAUUUAACUCGAGCAGCAGCGGUUUGCUUUUCCUUACCUCCACGACCAGCUUUGGCUCCGUGCAGCAGCCGAACCGGAGGGUGCUUAAAUCCGGACAGACGGAGCUCCGGGAGCCGCUACAAUGUUCCACCGAGCGCCGAGUUUGUUGCUCGGGUGUCUGGGAUCCCCACCAUGGCCAAGUUACCUUACCGGGAGACGGCCGACGGGCUGGACGCGGCGUUCAUUGGCGUCCCGAUUGAUACCGGGACCUCGAACCGGCCUGGAGCAAGGUUUGGUCCACGCCAGAUAAGAGUGGAGUCUGCCAUGCUGAGGGCUUACAACAGCGGCACCAGGGCAGCACCGUACGAGUCCCUGGUGGUUGCUGACAUUGGGGAUGUAAAUGUUAAUGUGUAUGAUUUGAAAGACACCUGCAAGCGCAUCAGGGAGGCCUACCGAAAGAUCCUGGCCACUGGCUGUAUCCCUCUGACUAUGGGUGGCGAUCACACAAUUGCAUACCCAAUACUGCAAGCUGUUGCUGAGAAGCAUGGCCCCGUGGGUUUGGUCCAUGUGGACGCUCAUGCUGACACCAGUGACGUGGUGCUGGGGGAGAAGAUCGGCCAUGGGACCCCAUUCAGGCGCUGCGUGGAGGAGGGGCUCCUGGACUGUCAGAGGGUGGUUCAGAUUGGCCUGCGAGGGUCGGGUUACUCGGCUGACUCGUACGAGUGGAGUCGGGAGCAGGGUUUUCGUGUGGUCCAGGUGGAAGAGUGUUGGUUCAAGUCUCUCGCACCUCUAAUGUCUGAAGUCAGGGCCCAGAUGGGCAGUGGCCCGGUCUACCUCAGUUUUGACAUUGACGCUCUAGAUCCAGGUUUUGCACCCGGAACAGGAACACCGGAGAUAGCAGGACUCACUCCCAUACAGGGAGUUGAGAUUAUUCGAGGCUGUCGGGGUUUAAACCUUGUCGGAUGUGAUCUAGUAGAGGUGUCUCCACCCUAUGACCCUACAGGAAACACUGCCUUGACAGGGGCCAACCUCCUCUUUGAAAUGUUAUGUGUUCUGCCAAACAUGAAAUAUUACUGACCUGGAAGUAAUAUUUGAAGCUACUCUUUAAUUUACAGCUAAAGUAAUCCAGAUUAUGCUACUGAAUGAUUUAAUCAGGCACAUGCAGGGGUUUCUUUUCCCUCUUGUCUGUUCUGUGAACUUUUUUCAAGCACCACAUUUUGAUCGACUGCUGCAUCCACAGCUGCUGCCGGGGGGGACAACCGGGUCAGUUGUCCCGGGCCCAUUGUGGAAGGGGGCCCAGAAGUGGACCCUCGAACCAUCAAGUAUUUUUUUUUUUCAAAAUAAAGUCCUAAUAUUUAAGUUACAACACCUUUACUUAGAGAAACUGGUAAGAACACAGCUCAAGCUGCAGGUACAGCCUAGCAGCUGGACCUCUCAUCUCCAUGUCCUCUGUUCUAAUGGUGCUAACAAAGUUAGCAGUUUCUGUCAGACACUUGUUGUUUAUUCUUUAUUCAGGUCCAAUAGGUAUCGUUUAGAGGUUGGUAAACAUUAAUGGCUGCGCUGUUUCGUAACUUGCUGUAGACUGACUUUACUACUAGGCGUGUCCUCACCGCUGCACCUCCACACUGGAUCUGGACUGGAGGUGACCAGUUGUGAAUGAAGUAAUACUGCUGUAGAGCCUGAGAUGCUAAAGGGAGGUUCGGCCCAUAGCAUUUGGACCUCAAACUUAAACAUGUCACACAAGCAGAAGCGUAAAAUAAGCAAGUAUGGAAAGCCAAAAGCGCCAGAAUUAAAUAAAUUAAGAAGUUCCUAAAUUUAAAUUUAUACACAGGGCAAUAUAUAUAUCUAUCUAUAUUAUUUUUUGUUGAUAAAUGAAAACUUACAUUCACACUCAUUCAAAAUCAAAAAAGGGCAAUUUAACUGCUUUAAAGGUCUCUUGGUUUUAACCUGGACUUGUGGGCCAACUGUUUCAGGUUUAGAUGCCACAAACCCUUUACCACACCGCUGAAUUGGAAUCCAAGUAUAACACUGUGUUGAGCGAUGAUCUAAAGAACAUACAGGUAAUAAAACGUGACUAGGUAAAUGUAAUCAAAUGUCUUAGAAUGGUAAAUUGUGAAGUGCCUUGAGAUGGCAUUUGUUGGGAAUUGGCUCCCAAUUUGACCUUUGGCUUUAAUUUAACUUCCUUUAUUCCUGCAAAGGAGGCACAAUGAACUGAAAGGUUCAGUAAACUGCACUGCAUGUGUUCCUAAAGCCUUUUUAAUAAUAAUAAUAAUAAUAAUCAUCUUUAUUGGUCAUUGCACAUGUACAUUACAACGAAAUGUGUCCUCUGCAUUUAACCCAUCCCUUAUAGGGAGCAGUGGGCUGCCAUUGUGCGGAGCAUUCUGGGGCUAAGUGGUGGCCUAGUGGUUAAUAACAUUCUAGUUGAGGUUACUUUAAGUAAAAAUGCUGACUUCUGUAUUUUUUCUUUUCUAAAUAAAAGAAAUCUGAUUUGUACCUUGUAGACAAGUACCUACAUAAAAAGACAAAUCUUGUGGGGCCAGAAUCUCCUUCAAUCAGUAAAUUUCAAAAUCAAGAGUGUAAUGUUUUAGAGCAGCAAAUUAUUUUAUUAAAUGAUCAUUUUAUACAACAUGAAAAUAAAACCAGUCUUUAAUUUCA